AUGUUGGAACCAAAAAGAACUAGAAUUAUUUGUUCUGUAAGUGAAAAUUGUUCUAAUUAUGAAUUAUUGCGGAGUAUGGUUGAAGCUGGAUGCAAUGCUUUCACCAUUAAUAUGGCCUAUAUUAAAAAUAAAGGGAGUUUAUAAAUAUUGGAUAAGAAUAGAUGUCAAUUAGAGGCUGAAUUCAAAACUAAAAUACCUAUAAAUUUAAUAUUAAGAGGACAAGUAAUAAGAGUAGGACAAUUGUAAGAUCCUGAGACUUUAAUAGAAGAAGGAAAUAUAGUAUAUUUGACUUCAGAUUAACAUAAAGUAGGAAAUAAUUAAUUAAUUCCAAUAGAUUCAAAUGAAUUUCUUGAGAAAUUAAAUAUAAAUGAUAAGUUAGCAAUUGACUAUGGUCAUAUAAUAUUAGAAUUAUUAGAUAUCUAAAUGUUCGAUUAAGUAUAUGAGAAAAUAGGAAUAGAUAAGAUGUGCUUAUUAAGUGGAGUUAAAAUAUAUGUUUGCAGAUGCUGUAAGACUGGAACUUUAAAAUCUUUCAAGCCAAUAUCAAUAUUUAUAGAAAAUAAGGCAUAAAAGGAAGAAGAAUAAUAGGAAUAAGUACCAAUGACAGAACAAGAUAUUUUAGAUAUAGAUUAUGCUUGUGAAUGCAAUUUCGAUAGUAUAACAUUUUCAAAAGUGAAUACUGCAUUAGAUAUUAUAAAAGUCAAAGAAAGAUUGGAAUAAAAAUAUCCUCAUGUCUAAGUAUUCGCGAGGAUUGCUGAAAAGUUGAAGGAAGAGUAAUUAGAAGAAAUAAUUACCUUGGCAGAUGGAUGCAUUAUUGCGAGAUCUCAUAUUUCAAUGACUUAGCCAGUGGAGGAUGUAGUCAAAUAUUAAACUUAAAUAAUUUCAAGUUGCCGCAAACUAUUUAAGCCAGUCUUUGUAUCGACAUAUAUAUUGGAAUCUAUGAGUGUUCAACUAAAGCCCUCUUUUGCAGAUAUGGGAGAUAUUUCGAAUAUUGUAAAAUAAUACAUAGAUGGAAUCUUAUUAUCAGGGGAAGCAAGUUUUGGGAAAUUUCCAGUUCUAAUUGUGCAAACUUUGAAUAAUAUUUGUCGAAAAAUUGAAAAAAAACUACUUUAAGAACUGUUUGAUUAGCCUUAAUAAAGAGAUCAAUAUUAGGUAAAUUUUACAGGGCAACCAAUUGCAACAGUUAUUGCUAAGUCUUGUGUUGAAAUGGCAUAUAUCUUAAAUGCUAAGGCGAUAUUGAUGUUAACUCGUAGAAUUUAAACUACUCUGAAGUUAUCAAAAUUGAGAGCUUCUUGUAAAAUAAUUUCAAUUAGUGAUAACUAAUAGAUUUGCAGAUGUUUAAAUUACAUUAAUAAUGUGUAAUCGGAACUAGUGAAUGGAUUUGCAAAUUAAGAGGAAAUUAUUUAAGAGUGUAUAUCAAGAUUGAUUGAUAAAAAAUUACUAUAACCUAAAGAUUACAUUGUGGUUAUUACUGGGAUGGUGGUUUAGAAGAAAGAUUGGCACAUUAAUUAGAUGAAAGUUCUGGAAAUAUGA